AUGGUGCUCGGGUGCAAGUUCCUCCCGGUGUGGCUCCAGGUAGUGGCGUCGGUGCUGACCAACGCGGCGGGUCUCCCGAUGGUGGUCUACCUCAUUGUGCGGGCACAGUCGGCAUGGGCGUGGAUUCUGGUGUGGACAGCGAUCACGUCGGGUCUGUACCACUGCGCCGACACUGUCCAGGCCGUGCUCUUUGGCCUCUCACCCGGCCAGUGGCAUCGCCUCGACAACGUCUUUGCCAUCUCGGCCUUCCAAGUCCUCUUCACCCUCCUGCUCUUCCCGCGGCGGAUGCGCGUGGCGAGGCGUGACGCCUGGACCUGGGGCCUGUUCUGCUGGACGCUGGUGUGCCAGGAGGCCGGCCCGUGGGACAUCACCUUUACCAUUCUCCCGCUCGCCACCCAUCUCAUCGCUGCCCUUGUCGUUUGCUUUGUCCUCACGCCGGCGGCGGCGCGGCCACAGUUCCACCCGCCGACGCUCCGGCUUGGCAUAGCGCUUGUCCUCAUUGCGUUUUUCUUCUUCUCGCGCGGGCUCGACGAGGACAACGACUGGAUUCGGCUCAACCAUGGGCUCUGGCACGUCUUUAUCUCGCUCGCGUUCUACACGCUUGUCCUCUCGCGGGUCGACGCGCCGCUGCCGGCGGCAACGACGCUGGUGUGA